AUGGAGACACAAGUCAUCGCUAACUCUGCCCCUUCAACGAAAUCGGAACUACCGGCGAUUUCAUCUUAUUGUUGCCAAACGAAGGGUGUGAUUAAUGAAAUCGAUUUCGAAUGGACGGUUGAACGACUAUCGUUUUUUGGUAGUUUAGGAAUAGACUGGGAAAGAUUGAUAUCGGGCGAGUUUUCCGAUGGAAGCAUAUUAAAGCUGGAUCUUUAUCCGUCUGGCGAUUAUCUAGAAAUCAGACUACUGAAUCUUUCCAUUAAUAUGAAAUAUCCUAUGGCAGUAGAUAUCACAGUUUGCGAUGAGAAUUGCAAGACAAUUUUCCAGAACACUAGUGGUAUUUUGGGAUAUACAUAUUUUGGAAAUCCUAGUGUUGUUCUUCGGAUUACCAAAAAAAGCUUGCUAGAGACUUGGGACUUUGUGAAUGGAAAAACUACCAUUCGUUGCAAAAUCAAAAGUUUGAUCAGAAAGCAACUAACGGGAAAGGCUACAACAGCAGAGAUACAUCUUCACGACAAGACACAGACCAGAGACAAUGAUAAGCAGGAUCUUAUUCUUCAUCAACACGAAGAGUUAUUUGAAAAAAUGCCCUUCUUAAGUGAUGUCACUUUUAACGUCCGUGGCCAAAAAUUUCCAGCUCAUAUUAUCAUUUUGGCCAUGAGGAGUCCAGUGUUUGCAGCCAUGUUUCAGCACCCAACGAAAGAGAUGCUGUCCGGAAAUGUGGAAGUGGAGGACGUCGAUCCCGAUGUCUUUCAAGAAGUUCUUCGCUAUUUAUACACCGGCCUGACACGAUCGACAACCCUGGACGUUAUGGCACCUGAACUUUUGGUCGUUGCGGACAAGUAUUUGCUGGAAGAAUUGAAAACUCGUUGUGAAACACAUCUGAUACGCAAGAUGUCCAGCAAGAACUGCCUGGAUUUGCUGUCACUCACCACCCACCAUCCAGCGGAGCACCUGAAGAAAUAUGCCGUCGAGUACUUCCGCCGUUAUCCGAAUGAAGUCAUGGGAACGGACAACUGGAAAAAGCUGAAGGAAGAAAAUCCGGCGUUGUUGUGCGACUUGCAGCAGAUGGUUCUCACUGUCUAGAAAGGCCUCAUUCAUUCAAUACUGUUUGUCAGUCUAUUUCCUUUCUGUUACCUUUUUUAACAUGGAGUUAUUCCCGUUGGAGAAAGUCAGCUCAUUUCAGUUAUUUUCUUGCUAAGAACAACUAAAACACGCAUAUUUUGCUGUUUGUUUCAUGUGGUAUCGACACGACAAUUUUUUUUUAAAUACAAUGGUUUAAAAGUU